ACUGCUGGGCAAACACCAGUGCAGCAGCAGCUGGCACAGUCAGCCGAGCUCCUCAGGGCCUCAGAUCAUGUCUCCUCUGCGGCUAAUCUAGCACAGAAUCUGCUGCGCUCAGCGCCAAGCCUAGCCUGUUACAGUGGUCAUGUCAUGGAAAUGGAUGAUGAGUGUAAGAAAUCCACCCAGGCUCUGUGGAGCUACUUGUGUCUUAACCAGCCACUUGAAAAGAGUGAUGUUAUAAUUGGCCUGGGCUGUCAUGACCUGCGUGUAGCAGAGAGAGCCGCCUCUCUCUUCCUGGAGGGGUGGGCCCCCUGGCUGCUCUUUACGGGUUACCUGGGCAACCAAACCGCAGGUGUCUGGCAGCGGCCAGAAGCCCAGGUCUUCCUGGAAAUUGCACUGAAAAUGGGGGUCCCAAGGGAGAGUAUCCUGCUGGAGACUGAGGCCACCAACACUGGAGAAAACAUCCGCCUCUCUUACCAAGUCCUUAAGGACAACCUUGUUCCAGUCAACAGGGUGAUUCUAGUCCAGCAGCCUUUCAUGGAGCGGCGAGUGUUGGCCACCUUCUUGUGCCAGUGGCCAGGAGGGCAGGAGAACACGCGGGCCAUCGUCACCUCCCCCUGCACUGACCUUGCCCAGUACCCCCACUCCACCGUGGGCACUGGCAGUGACCUCAUCGGAUACAUGCUAGGUGUCUUUGAGAGAAUCCAAGACUAUCCGAAGAAAGGCUUCCAGGUGGAACAGGAAAUCUCACUUGAUGCGCUCACGGCUUAUCAAUGGCUCCUGAAUGCUGGAUACAGUCCUAAAUAAAGCAAUGUCACCUUUUAAAU